CAGCAAGGUUUAAAGGUCACAGUGGUGAGUAGCAAACACAGAUCUCCAUGAAGAUCUUUCGGAAAUAAGAGAACAAGAGAAGAAAGGACUGGAGGGAGGACAGCUCAUUAUGGUCGCAAUCACAGAAUUUCAAAGGAUUGGCAUUGGUCUCACAGGCUUUGGCCUGUUUUUCCUUCUCUUUGGUGUGCUGUUGUAUUUCGAUUCUGUCUUGCUGGCGUUUGGCAAUGUCCUGUUUCUAGCCGGGCUAGCGCUCAUCAUCGGCCUUCGGAGGACCGCUCACUUCUUCUUCCAGAGACACAAGCUCCGGGGCUCAACCUUCUUCCUAGGGGGAGUGGCUCUGGUACUUUGCCGUUGGCCAGUCAUUGGCAUGGCGGUGGAGGGCUACGGUUUUGUUAUUCUAUUCCGGUCCUUCUUUCCCAUGGCUUGUGGAUUUAUGCUGUCGCUGGUGAAUAUUCCAUUCCUAAAUAUGUUAUUUAGUAAUUUUGUUGGAGGCAGUCCUUCAAUGGUCUAACAAGAAAAGAUGCAGAAAAAUAACAAGAUAGACCAGGAGGAAGAGGAGGAGGAAGAGGAGAGGGUGCACGCUCAGUCUGGCUCUAAAUACACUGCCUUUUGACAAAGAAUAACAGAAAUGGAAAGAAUGAAAGUCUAUCCAGCAAGAAUUAAUGACACUUGGAUCUUUUAUCAUUUUGUUUUUGGCUGGAUUGUUAUGAAUACACAAUGUCUCCCAGAGGGGUUAUUGCUGUCCAUCACCAACUGUAUUUAUUAAAAAACAAUACUUCUUAGUAAAACACUGUAAAA